AUGGAGCAUCCAGCAGGGACCUGGUGCUGCCCGCAGGAGGACAGCACGGCGCGGAUGUCAGGCAGCACCCUCAGGUUCUUGUGGAGUGACUACACAGUGGAGGUGCGCCUGAACGACUACCUGGACAUCAUCUGCCCACACUACGAAGAGGGGAGCGUGGACCCCCAUGCCAUGGAGCGCUACACCCUCUACCUGGUGGAGCCCGAGGAGUACCAGGCCUGCAAGCCCCACUCCAAGGAGCAGAUCCGCUGGGAGUGCGACAAGCCCAGCGCCCUGCACGGCCCCGAGAAGUUCUCAGAGAAGUUCCAGCGCUUCACUCCCUUCACGCUGGGCAAGGAGUUCAAGGAGGGGCACAGCUACUACUAUAUCUCUCAGGCACCGCCUGUCCCUGCCUCUACCCAGAAGGGGAGGAUCCAGGCAGAUGAUGCAGCCGCACACGUGCUGAGGAGUGUGGGGCAGAACUCGGCAAUGAGGGGCAGCAGCCCCUUCACCUUCAUCAGCCUCCUCCUGCCCCUCCUGGUGCCGCAGGGGCUGUGAGCCACCUCCCUGUGCCCGGAUGGACCAAGGCUGCAUCCGCUGGGGACAGAGCUGGGAUGCUUGGGACCCCUGUGGUCCUCACGUGUGCCCUGGGGCGGCCUUCCCUGCACACGUCUGGGCGAGGAAAGGAUUUGUCAGUAUUACAGGGCCAGAGGGCCCGAAGAUGAGCUGAGCAGCCAAAGCCCUCGGGCUGCCCCGGCCCUCGCAGGCAGGGUGCUCUUGGCAGCCAGAGACUGAGCACAAGCCCAGGGCUUGGAGGGGCUGCAUGCCCUGGACUGGAGGGGAACGGGGGGCUGGCACCCCUGCCCCAGGAGCUGAGCUCGCCCACGGUUGGCCCUCACGUCUCUCUGCUGUGGGCUCAGACUGUGAUGUGUCCCGCAGGCGGGGAUG